GUCAUAUAAUUUCUAUUAUGUCACACACUCACACGCGAAAACUUAUUCGAAAUUGUAUUACGUGUACUGAUUGGAUUAUAUUUAUGUAACCCAUGUUAAACUUAAUUUAAUUAGCAAAAUUCGGUGAUUUGGAUUUUAUGGAUGCGAAAAACGAGCAAUGAUUUAAAGAACAGCCAUAUUUUGAAAUCUGGCAUCCUGCAAGGGCGUUGCAUCUGACUGUUUUUUUUCCUUCUUUAUUCGUUUGUUUUCUCUUUUUAAUCAAAAGUUUUAGACGUUUUAUUGACGGAAUUCCACCAAAACUGUAGAAAAUAUAAACACUUCUUCGCAUUCAGCGGAGAUGGAUUUCAGCACAAAGUUUUUAGCGGCUAUAUUUUACUUCGUUCUAUUGCUCCACUUUGGUGAUUCCCUCGAAUGUUAUGUAUGCACCACACAAAAUGGAAAUACGGAAAAGUGUCUCAGAACAAUUAGAACUUGUGAACCUGGGGAAGACUAUUGUUUAACCACAAUUGCAUGGGGAAGCCACCCAUAUUGGACUAUUAAUGCUGACAAACAGUAUUAUGUCUCAAAACAGUGUGCUACAAAGAGUUUCUGUGAGAAGACUUGGAAUGAAACACUUCCUUAUUGUGAAAGAAUUUGGUAUCUGGACUGGAGAUGUUCAGAAUGCUGUCAGGGUGAUCGUUGCAACUACUUUGUUACGUUGACAGGAUCUUCAUUGAGUUCCAGUUUAAACCUCAUUUUUAUUGGUGUAUUAGCAAUUGUUGCCUAUAAGUUUAUAGGACGCUCAUAAUGGUAGUUUUUCCAAUGACACAUUUUUUGUGAAAGUGCAUCUUAAAUAUGUAAAACCAUACCGUCCAUCGCAUCUUCUGACUGAAGAAUUCCAGCCAAUGAGAGUUUUAAAAAUACACACAAUUUACAAGUAAA